AUUUUUCUUUUCCUUUUCAGCGCAAUUUCCCCUAAAAUGCCAAGUGAACGCGAAGACCCGUUACCAGAUAUUACUACAGUCUGUUGUUCUAUCUCUAUAAUCUGCAGAUAAUAAUGGAAGUCAUGGCUCUUCAACUCCGUCACUUCCCCCUGUCCCCUUCUCCUUCGUCUAUCAAGCACAAUUACAAAGCUUCUCGUUGUUUCCGCCAUCUUCCCCUUCCCAAUUAUGCGUCUCGCCACCAUCUUCCUGUUUCAAGUAGCCGCAAUCGACGGGUUGUGGGCUGCGUUGGCAAGGAAAAUACCCAAUUGAGUCAAUCAUCGUCUACCGAAGAUGAACAGCCAGACGCCCAAGACCUAGAAUACAUUCGUCAGAUUCAAAGGGUCUUGGAACUUCUCAAGAAAAAUAGAGACAUGCUCUUCAAUGAGGUUAAACUUACCGUGAUGAUUGAAGACCCCCGGGAAGUUGAACGCAGGAGAUUACUUGGAAUUGACGACGAGGAUGCCCCAACAAGGGAUGAUUUAGCUAUCACUCUUGAAGAAGUCAAUGAAGGAAAGUUCCCGAAAAAUAGAGCAGCUCUCCAAAUGCUUGCUGAAGAGAUGACCAAUUGGCCCAAUUUGGAGGUUGAGGCACCUAAGAAGAAACGCAGUAAAUCUUUAUAUGCAAAUGUCACAGACACGGGCGUGAAUCCUCGAGAGGCUGCAAAGAGACUCAACAUUGAUUGGGAUACUGCAGCUGAGCUUGAAGAUGCCGACUUGAGUGAGGACCCAGAAGUGCCUGCAGCCGUGGGAUAUGGAGCACUGUACAUAGUGACAGCGUUUCCAGUGAUAAUUGGCAUCUCAGUAGUUCUAAUCCUGUUCUACAAUUCUCUUCAAUAGUGCUUCUACUAUGUGGCAAUAGACGUGGCUGAUGAUUGCCGACUGUGGUGGUUGUUUCUGACCCUUCGCGACUACGAGAGUUUGUUAUGCAUUCAAUUCCAAGUAAGGGCCAGAAUGAGUUAUUGAUGAAUUUAUAAGAUGGGAAUUAUUAAAUGCUGAACCACGUCUUUUAAGUUUCUCUCUUGCCGUUA